GAACAAAAGCGUCUCUGAAUAGGUAAUGCGUCGAUGUAUAUAACGAAAUGGAGUCAGCCUUGUUUUUACACGCGUACCCAAUAAAGUCACCGGCUGCAGUAUUUAAAUUUAACGAAAAAAGAAAAAGAAAAAAAAUUCGGUUAAAACGUUUCGGGUAGUGGGAUUAUGAUCGCAUAUAAAUAUACCCGAUCGUCUAACGGUUUGUUAUAUCGCAAGAGGCGCGAAGGGAGCGCAAGCGCAAACGUCUCUUCAAGACGGCGGGCAGUGCGCGAUUUUCUUGCUCUCCCUUUGGAGCGUGCGUCGUCGAGGCAUAUACCUUAUACGCGGACUGACACGAAGGGGGAGCUUGACCCUUGGUCAAUGGCGUGCAGCGGCGAGAGCCCCGAGCAUUAUUACAGUUUGCGGCAGUUGCCUACCAACGUCUCGAGCAUCGAGAGCUGCAUUAUAUCGCAUACGUGCAUAGUGCGAGUUUUCUUUGAUCCUUUGCGCGUAUAUCAUACAAAGUCGAGGGAACCGAUCCGAGGAGAACACGAUGCUGUUCACUCAGCAGUUUACUCUGCCCUGUUUAGCCAAGUACCGAAAGUCGCGAGCACCGAGCAAAGCGAUGGAGCGCUACGAGAGGCUGGGCAGAUUGGGCGAGGGCAGUUACGGCGUCGUCUUCCAGUGCAGAGAUCGGCAAACGGGACGACUCGUGGCCGUGAAAAAGUUUCAACAGACCGAGGACGACCCGCUCAUCAGGAAGAUAGCCCUCAGAGAGAUCAGGCUACUGAAGAAUCUCAAACAUCCAAACCUCGUGAACCUGCUGGAGGUGUUCCGACGCAAGCGCAAGCUCCACCUUGUGUUCGAGUACUGCGAACACACGCUGCUCAACGAGAUGGACAAGUACCCGCACGGCUGUCCCGAGGCCAUGAUCAAGCAGCUCACCUGGCAGAUACUCCAGGGCGUGGCCUACUGCCAUCGUCUGGGCUGCGUGCAUCGCGACGUCAAGCCCGAGAACAUCCUCAUCACGGCCGAGGGCGUGGUAAAGCUCUGCGACUUCGGCUUCGCUCGCAUGCUCAGCCCCGGCGAGAACUACACAGAGUACGUGGCGACGAGGUGGUACCGGGCGCCGGAGCUGCUCGUCGGCGAUACCCAGUACAGCACCCAGGUCGACGUCUGGGCCAUCGGCUGCGUCUUCGCCGAGCUCAUACGCGGCGAGGCGCUCUGGCCCGGCAAGUCCGACGUCGAUCAGCUCUACAUCAUCAGGCGGACGAUCGGUGAUCUGCUGCCACGCCACAUGGCCAUCUUCCAGCAGAACGAGUUCUUUGCGGGGAUCACGCUGCCGACCCCGCAGACGCUGACGCCGCUGGAGAGUCUCAUGCCAGACACGGCCUCCUCGUCCAUACAGCUGGACUUCAUGAAGAAGUGCCUGGACAAGGAUCCCGAGGAGAGGUGGACCUGCGAUCAGCUGCUUCAGCACGUCUACUUUGAGAAUUUCCACUUCAAAAUGCCCGAGACCGAGGCGGACGAGUACGAGAAGUUGAGGAGCGUGAGGGAGAGGUCGAGGCAACACUCGAACUUCAGUCAAAUGAUAUUGCCGCAAUUACCGAAAGCUUCGGGCUUCGCUCACGCGAUUGGUCAAAAUAACACUGAAACGAAUCGGCCACGAAGCUCAUCCCUGCGUCACCAGCAGAGCUUCGAUCAUUUGCCCGUUAUAAGAGGCUGAUGAUAGACUAGUCGUGAAAUUUUAACGGACAAACGAAAUAGACGCUAAACUGUGAUGAUUGUAUAAAAUAUGACAAAAAAAGGCCUCGAGUGAUGGUGUUUUAAUCAUUUGUACACACACUUUCGUAUAACCGAGUGUUCUAUCCUUACGGCAGAUUACAUAUUAUAUAAUAUAUUAAAAAAUUAUAUAAAUAGAAAUUCAUGAUGUAAAUGAUGAAGGCGAUCAUUGUAAAAUAUAAUUGUAACGACGUUGACGACACUUUUCUUAAUAUUCAUGCAGUCGCACAUCACUCAUCGUUUUGUGUUUCUCAUCGUAUACAAUGCAACAGUGACAAUCGUUCAUUUUUUUUUCACUCAUUCAUAUCAAUUGUACACGGAUAUGGUGAUUACGUAAUCGUAAGAUAUGUAAGGUAUGUCCUUCAUGCUACAGAAUUGAAAGAACCUUCCUGCGCUGGGGCGUCCAUAUAUAAUGUAUAAAAGCGGAAGUACAUUAUCUGAAAAUUGAAAUUAUUUCUACUCGUUUUUCAACAAGAUAUUGCAAGAUAAUUUCACUCGCGUAUUUUUUAACAAAAUUGAAUUUCCGACGAAUGUCUAUGGAUAUUAUGGGUUUAUAAAAUUCAGCCAAAAAUCAAAAUUAUAAUCCGGUCCAUUAUUUUGAGUCACCAUAGAGCCUUUUGAAGAAAUAUUCAAUACAAGUUUCAGAAAAUUGGAUUGAAAUUUUGAUAUUUUGGUUGACUUUUAUAUUUCCUUAUGUGUGCAAAGCAAUAUCUUAAUAAUAGGACAUUCCAUCAUGUCGAUUUAGAGUUAUGAUGUCAAAAGAAUUAAUACUACCUAAUUUGAUAGCAAUGAAAAUUGAACAAGGGCUAUGUAAAAUAAGGGGUUCCACUUUUGAAAACAAAUUUUUAACAGGUACAAAAAACAUGAUUUUUAGGCUCUAAAAUUUAGUUGCAUACGCUGUGAAAAUGAAAGCAAAAUUAUUUUUGCAGGCAUAAUAGUUUGAAAAUAAGAACAUCUAAAAAGAUGUGAAGCUUCUUUAUAUUUUUUUUGUAAAUAAAACGAAAUAAAAAUCGA